AUGGAAAAUUGCAAAUUGCCAAAAGAUCUGGUGGUUGAUAUUUUAGCGAGAUUAUCGGUAAAGUCUCUUAUGCAAUUUAAGUGUGUUUGUAAAUUUUUCUAUGAUUUGAUAACAAGUGAUCGCCAUUUUCUGGACAAACACUAUGGAAUUAGCAAAGCAAAAACAGAUUAUGUUCUUUUAGAGACUGGUUGGAAUGUUAGAGAAUAUUAUUUGCUUUACAAAGAAUCUGAGGGAAAUGAGAUUGAAUGCAUAUACUUAGACAUCCCAGUAAGGCCAAAAGCACAACGUUGGGUUAAGAGUUGUGAAGGUAUGUUAUGCCUGAUUUUGACCAGGAAAGAUGUGCUUAACCUUGAUGCGGGUGAUAAUCUUAUUUAUGAUAUUUUGAUAUGGAAUCCAUUCAUUAGGAAAAUUAAAGCCUUACCCCCAAUUACCGUCCCUUACAAACUAUCUUAUCCUGCAUAUGCGCUUAACGCAUUUGGAUUUGGGAUUUCUAACAAUAUGAUUUGGAAGGUUGUCAUGCGAUUAGAAAUUUGUUCUUUAUGUGAUGAUGGGAGAAAGAUUGUUCACCAAACAACAAUGGUUUAUAGCCAAGUUCAUGGUGAUUCAUGGAGUUUGAGACCGAUUAAUUUGGUUACAUCUUUUCUGGAUAGAGAAAUUCAAGGGGAUGGCUUUUAUUUAAAAGGGAGGUAUUAUUGGUCGGAAAAAAGUUACUUUAAUGGGCAAUAUUUGCUUUGGUUUGACAUGGAUGAUAAGGUUUUUGGGACGAUUGAGUUUCCAUCAGAUGUUACCAUUGCUUCAGUCACAAUAAUGGAUGAGACUAUUGCUUUACUUGGAUAUCCAAGUGUGGGGGAUUUCAGUUGCAUUGGGAUUUGGUUAAUGAUUGAAAAUGACAACAACACUUAUUGGCGUAAACAAACAAUUGUAGAUUGUGUUGUAAACGCAGAUAAUAAUGAAUGUUGGAGACCAAUAGGAAUUUGGAAUGCGGGCACUGAAUUGCUCGUAUUUCUAGACAGUACAAUUGCUUGGGAUCCGUUUUCGGAUGAAAUGGAUGUGCCAUACUUCAUAUCUAUUGAUUUGGUUACUCAAGAAAGGAAGAUGUUCUCUAUAAGUAAAGAAAGGAAAUGUAUUACCAUGACUUCAGAUCAAGCUGCUGGGUAUAUUCAAGUUUACAAUGAAAGAAAUACUAAUAUAGCAGAAGAAUGGAAACAAAGUAUUUUUAUGCGCAAGAGAAUAUAUGCUCGAGUUUACAGCGAGAGUCUACAUUUACUGUAA